AUGCCAGCCAACCUCACAGAGGGCAGCCCCGAUUCCAGUGGGACCACACAGAUGCUGGAUUCUUCCCCGGCCGCCUGCUCCGAAACAGUGACUGUCACCGAAGUAGUGGAGGGAGAAGAGUGGGGCUCUUUCUACUCCUCCUUCAAGACUGAGCAGCUGAUAACUCUGUGGGUCCUCUUUGUUUUCACUACUGUUGGAAAUGCCAUCGUGCUCUUCUCCACGUGGAGGAGGAAGAGGAAGUCAAGAAUGACCUUCUUUGUGACUCAGCUGGCCAUCACAGACUCUUUCACAGGGCUGUUCAACAUCUUGACAGACAUUAUUUGGCGAUUCACUGGAGACUUCAUGGCACCUGACCUGGUUUGCCGAGUAGUCCGUUAUUUCCAGGUUGUGCUGCUCUAUGCCUCCACCUACGUGCUGGUGUCCCUCAGUAUAGACAGGUACCACGCCAUCGUCUACCCCAUGAAGUUCCUGCAAGGAGAGAAGCAAGCCAAGGUCCUCAUUGUGAUUGCCUGGAGCCUCUCAUUCCUGUUCUCCAUUCCCACCCUGAUCAUAUUUGGGAAAAGGAAACUCUCCAAUGGAGAAGUGCAGUGCUGGGCCCUGUGGCCUGAUGACUCCUACUGGACACCAUACAUGACUAUCGUGGCCUUCCUGGUGUAUUUCAUCCCUCUGACCAUCAUCAGCGUCAUCUAUGGCAUUGUGAUCCGGACUAUUUGGAUUAAAAGCAAAGCCCAUGAUAUGGUGAUUUCCAAUUGCUCAAAUGGAAAGCUGUGCACCAGCUACAACCGAAGGCUCAUCUCAAAGGCAAAAAUCAAAGCCAUCAAGUAUAGCGUCGUCAUCAUUCUCGCCUUCAUCUGCUGUUGGAGCCCAUACUUCCUCUUUGAUAUUCUGGACAAUUUCAGCAUUCUUCCAGACACCAAGGAGCGCUUCUAUGCUUCUGUGAUCAUUCAGAACCUGCCUGCCCUGAACAGUGCCAUCAACCCUCUCAUCUACUGUGCCUUCAGCAGCUCCAUCUGCUUCCCCUGUAGGUCUCAUAACAGUUCCUACUUCUUGGCCAGUGAGGGUUCUGUCCAUUGGGUUCUGGUGCUGACCAGUGGGAAGGAGGGCUGGAAGUGAUGGGGAAGGAAAGGGCAGGAAGGAUAAAGUUCCUUGUAUGGUGUCUGAACCUACGUUCUUGAUAACUGUUAUCACUUAACAUCCUUACUUCCCUUUCCAUCAGGUCAAAUUAUUUUCCCUUCCUGCUUCAUUCUGACUUUCCCUAGGGAGCGAAAAUCACGGGAUUCCAGAAUGACCUGCCAGGAGAGAACCGAGAGGCAUGAGAUGCAGGUUCUGUCCAAACCGGAAUUCAUCUAGGUCCCAGGGCAGCAGCAGU